GCCCCGGGCAUCGCCGCUAGGGGGGGCCCUCCGGUCGCGGAAUGUCAAAUGACAAAAAUUAAUAUAAGAAAAGAAAACGAAAACGAGCGAAAAUGUCGAGCCAUAGAAAACAGGACAGCGGAGCAAAAAAACGAAAAUUAGUAGAAAUAAAAAAGGAAAGAGCCAAAGAAUUAUUACAGAAAACACCCAAAUUAACCAACCUGUGGAGUAGUCAGCCUGCUGUAGCGGCUACCUCCAGCCAAGAUGCAACUGAUGGACAGCAGCCAGCCACCGCUAGUUCUAGCCAACUAACCAGCCCAACUAGCCCUGCUAGCAAUAGUGCUACUGCUACAACCUCUGAGGAAACAACAAGGGAUGGAGAAGAACCAGUGGGUAACGUAGCAGAUGAGCCUGUUGAUUCUGAGGCAGUGGAGAAAAUAGAUAUAUCAACAGAUAUUGCAUGCUGGGGAGAAGUUAAUGAGGAGAUGCGAAGCUAUUGGGUCGGAAGGGGAAUUGAAGCCCCCACACAAUGUCAACAUAAAGAUGCCGAUUUUUCGGCUUCUGAAAGGAGCUAUAAAAAUCAAAAGCGAUGUCUGAGCAAAACAUUGUUCCGUCGCUCGCUCAGAAAUGGAGAGAAGGUGGCAAGAGAAUGGCUGUCUUACUCCCCAUCUACUGGAAAUGUGUUUUGUUUUUUUUGCAAACUAUUCAGUAAUGAUUCGUCCGCUUUCACGCACGGAUUUUCUGAUUGGAAACAUUCAGUUGACCGAGUGGAGAUGCACGAAGCGGGCCAGCCCCACAGACAGGCUGUGCUUACUUGGCUCGCACGCACCCAGGUUCGUGGGAUCGACGCAGGGCUGCAGGAUCAACUUAAAGAUGAGGCGAAUUACUGGAAAGAAGUAUUGAGGAGAAUUGUGGCUGUAAUAAAAUUUCUGUCAGAGCGUGGGCUCGCAUUCAGGGGAGAAAAUGAAACCCUGGGCUCAGUGCACAACGGGAAUUAUCUGGGCAUCUUGGAGUUGCUGGCCACGUUUGACCCUUUUUUGGACGAACACUUAAAACGUUUUGGAAACAAGGGGCGGGGGACACCCUCCUAUUUGUCAUCGAAUAUUUGACUUUAAUGUCAAUUGAGCACGACAUGCUGGCCCAAAUGGACUUUGAGGAGCUCAUUAAUGAUUUCGCACGGAAGAA